AUGCACGGGUUUCUGUGGCUCUGUGCACAGCGUGGAGCCCGGGAACCCUCUGCCUCAGAGACGCUGCCGCCCCUGCUGCUCCUGCUGUGGGCAGGGGCCCUGGCUCAGGAUCCGAGAUUCCUGCUGGAGGCGCCGGAGUUGGUGACGGUGCAGGAGGGCCUGUGCGACUUUGUGCGCUGCUGGGUCACCUACCUCCGGUACGGCUGGACUGACUCUGUCUCAGCUUAUGGCUCCUGGUUCCGGGAAGGGGCCGAUAUACAACAGGACGCUCCAGUGGCCACAAACAACCCAAUGCUAAAGGUGGCGGAGGAGACCCAUGGCCGAUUCCACCUCCUGGGGGAUCCGGGGAGGAACAACUGCUCCUUGAGUAUCAGAGAUGUCAGGAGGAGCGACAAUGGGUCAUACUUUUUUCGGGUGGAGUGAGGAAGGAUAAAAUGGAACUAUGUACGAAACAAGCUGUCUGUGCAUGUGACAGCCCUGAACCACAUGCCCCACAUCCUCCUCCCGGGGACCCUAGAGUGCGGCCGCCCCAGGAACCUGACCUGCUCUGUACCCUGGGCCUGUGAGCAGGGGACGCCCCCCAUCUUCUCCUGGAUGACAGCUGCCUCCACCUCCCUGGGCCCCAGGACCACCUUGUCCUCGGUGCUCACUCUCACCCCACGGCCCCAGGACCACGGCACCAACCUCACCUGCCAGGUGAAGUUCCCCGGAGCUGGUAUCACCACGGAGAGAAUCACUCAAUUCAAUGUGUCCUGGCCCGUGGCACAGGUGGUUCUGGUGGCCACUGGGGAGGUGGCUGUGAAGAUCCUGCUCCUCUGCGGCUGCCUGAUCUUCCUCAGUUCCUUCUCCUGA